ACACACACACACACACACACACACACUGAGCUGACCUAAACUAAACAUGAAUAAUAAAGCUGUUUUACUGAUCACGUGACUUUCUGAAAGUAAAAAAAAAAAAAAAAAAAAAAAAUCCAUAGACAGGGAUUUGUUGUGUUCGCCUCGUAUUCCUCGGUGUCAUUACAUACUGUGUGAGAAGGAAGUGAAAGCUAGAUCUUGGUGUGACCGUCCAACGAACUCUUCGAUUUAAGUCUUGAAAAGGAAAUAAAAAGACUGACGUCAUCGACAGCAAAGAAUCAUGCAAUCGAGAAAGAUUGUCCUUAUUGGAAAAACAGGAGAUGGCAAAAGCAGUGCCGGGAAUACGAUUCUCUCAAAACAAGUAUUCAUCACUGAAGCUAAUUCUGUUACUGCUAAAUGUGAAAGUAGAGAUGGUUUGGUCCAUGGAAGAAAGAUCACCGUUAUUGACACACCUGGAUUCUUUGACACAGAUCGUAAAGAUGAGGAGAUCAAAUCUGAGAUCAUCAAAUCUCUCAUUGAAUGCGCUCCUGGUGUCCAUGCCUUUCUCCUUGUUCUAAGGGUUGGAAGAUACACGAGACAAGAAAAAGAGGUGGUACAACAAUUUCUGAAUACAAUGAAAGGGGAACAUGUCCUGAAACACACAGUGAUCUUAUUUACUCAUGGUGAUCAACUAGAUAGACACACCAUUAAAACAUUUGUGAAGACCAAUCCACAACUUCAGGAGCUGGUUGAUAAAUGUGGAGGACGCUGUCAUGUCAUCGACAACGAAUACUGGAAAGACUGUGAUUCAGGGUACAAGAGCAACAGAGUUCAGGUGAAGAAUCUGCUGGACACCAUCGACAAGAUGGAGAAAGAGAACGGCUGCUUGUCCAAUGAGCUGCUCAAAAAGCUGGAAGAAGACAUUCAAGUGGAGAUUAAGAAUAAUGAGGACAAUCUGCCUCCAGAAGAGAAGCGAGAAAAAGCAAAGGAAAUUGUUCAUAAAAAUCUUUGUAUGCAAUUUGCUGGAGCAACAACAGGGAUGCUGAUUGGUGCUUUACUGGGUGUAGGUGUUGCAGUGACCGCAGUUCUGGCUUUAUUAAAAGCAUUUUGCCCAGCGCUAAAAGCAGGAGCAGCAGCAGUUAAGGCAGCAGCAGUUAAGGCAGCAGCAGGAGCAGGAGCAGCAGCAGGAGCAGCUGAGGCAGUGGCAGAAGGGGCAGCAGCAAUUGAGGAAAUGGCAGCAGCAGGAGAAGCAGUAGUUGAGGCAGUGGCAGCAGGAGGAAAAGCAGCAGUUAUGGUAGUGGCAGCAGCAGGAGGAGCAGCAGCAGCAGCAGCAGGAGGAGGAGGAGCAGCAGUUGAGGCAGUGGCAGUAGGAGCAGCAGCAGGAGGAGGAGCAGCAGCAGGAGGAGGAGCAGCAGGAGGAGCAGCAGCAGUUGAGGCAGUGGCAGUAGGAGGAGGAGCAGCAGCAGGAGGAGGAGCAGCAGCAGUUGAGGCAGUGGCAGUAGGAGCAGCAGCAGCAGUUGAGGCAGUGGCAGUAGGAGGAGGAGCAGCAGGAGCAGCAGCAGGAGGAGCUGCAGCAGUUGAGGCAGUGGCAGUAGGAGGAGGAGCAGCAGGAGCAGCAGCAGGAGGAGCUGCAGCAGUUGAGGCAGUGGCAGUAGGAGGAGGAGCAGCAGCAGUGGAAACAGGAGCAGCAGCUGGUGCAGUGGUCGGUGUUAAAGCCUUUGCUGCAGGUGUUUUCGGAGUUGCAGCUCUUGCAGGAGCCGUUGGUGGAGGAGUCACUGGAUGGAAAGCUGCAGAAGAAGCUGAUUCAGUGUAUGACGCAAUGACCAAAGCUGCAAAGCUGAACUACGAGAAUGCAACAGUUGUGGUUGAGAAGAUACAAGAAUUUGUCAAAUCCAUUGGUAAAUAA